AUGAACAAGGCAGCCCACUGCGAGCCGGCCGUCGUCCAGCUGCCAGCUGCCGGCGGAUCCGCCAAGUUCCGCCUCAAGAACCCCGACACCAAGAAGUUCAUCUAUGUGGUGGAGAACAGUGACCCGGGCAACUACACGCUCGGGCUCGACAAGUGCGGCCAGAUGCCGAUGGGCGAGGGGAAGACGGUGGAGGUCAUCAAGAAGCCCGGUGCUCCCGGUGAGGCGAAGGCGACGAUCAAGCUCUUCCCUGCCAUUCCCCCGGGCGCCGACGUCGACCUCGACGAGCACAUCAAGGGCGCUCCCGUCCAGACUUUUGAGGUCAAAUUCGUCACCAAA